GUGAUCCUUAUGUGAAAUUUAAGCUGACUGGGAAGGUGCUGUACAAAAGUAAAGUCAUAUAUAAGAACUUGAACCCAGUUUGGGAUGAGAUAGUUGUAUUGCCAAUACAAAGCCUUGAUCAAAAGCUACAUGUGAAGGUAUAUGAUUGAGAUUUAACCACAUCUGAUUUCAUGGGUCCUGCAUUUGUCAUUCUCAGUGAUCUUGAGCUUAACAGAACAACUGAACAUAUUUUAAAACUGGAAGAUCCAAACAGUUUAGAAGAUGACAUGGGAGUGAUCAUCUUAAAUUUGAACCUAGUGGUAAAACAGGGUGAUUUCAAGAGACAUUCCUCUUUGAUAUGCAACCUACAGCUCUCUGAGUCCUUGAAAAGAAACCAGCUCUGGAACGGGAUUAUAAGUAUAACUUUGUUGGAAGGGAAGACUGUCUCAGGAGGAAGCAUGACAGAAAUCUUUGUCCAGUUAAAACUGGGAGAUCAGAGGAUGGGCAUUUUGGACAUUGAAGUGUGGAGAGAGGACAGUAAAAAGCAGGAGGAAAGUCUGGGCAGUACAAUAGAUAACAAAAGUAUCUUUUGGGAGCUGGCUCUACGGCUUUACCCUGCAGCAAACUUGCAGGUGGGAGAAAUCUACAAUAAAAUGUCGACUGCUUCUCAGCCUGAAAGAUUGUGCUAGCAUAUGGACAUCACUGACUUGCUACUUAUGGUUCCUUCUUCGUGGCUAUUGUUUAAAUAUUUCAAGGGUUUUUUUUUUUUUUAACACAUUUGCUUUUCUUUGUGAUGUUCAUUGUAAGGCCCAGCUAUUUUAUUUUCCAACUGUUGGGAAAAACCUUUUUGUGUCUGGUGCAAAUGUAUCUUAACUGUCUCCUCUCCAAGGCCUGUCUCAUGCUUUAUUUUUGGAUAAAACCUUGAUGUUAAUAAUUGAGCAUUAGAGUUAAAAAUCUAGAUGGACUGUCUGGGGAAAUUCUCUUCGGGGAAGCUGUGUAGGCCGUUCAGUGGGAGAGAAGGAACAUCAGCUCUGGGGUCACACAUCCUGAGCUUCCUGAUAACACACUGUCUGCUAACUGUGGGACUUGGACAGUGCAUUCCCUGUGGAGUAUGACUCUGUAUCUGUAUAAUGGGCUCACUGGCCAACUGGCAGGGUCAUCAUGGCAAACAGUAACAACAUCUACUUGACAUUGUUUAUUCCCUUGCUCACUCUGAUGGUGUAAAGUGGAUAUCUCCACACCCCCUCUGAAGCAAGCCAACUGCCUGGAGCUGCUGCUGGACAGCUGUCUGGGGACAGUGAAAGAAAGCAGAUUACUCAGCCAUAGGUGUGGUCCUUGCACGAUGACUUCCUUCCAAAGGAGUGUAGUAUGGAGAAGGAAAAAAAAGGGCAACUUUACAGUGGAGAAAGGGGACGACACCUCCUCACCUAGGGGAUCAAGGUUGAUAUCAACAGGAGGAAGUCACCCUGACAGUAUGUAUCCUUGAUAUGAUGCGAUGAGAAUGGCACUUUACCUCUAUGGUCUUUCUCCCCAAAAUCAAUAACGUGAGUCUAAUAAGAAGAAAAAUAUCACACAAAUCUCAACUGAGGGACAGUUUAUAAAAUAACUGACCAGUAACCCUCAAAAGUGUCAAGGUCAUCAGAAAUAAGGAAAAGAGAUCCUAGAAGAAGGUUAAAAAAAACAGCAACAACAAAAAAGGAAAAACAGAAACAAAAACCAAGGAAAAUCUGAGAAACUGUUACAUGUCAGAGGAGCCUCAGGCGACGUGAUGACUAAAUGUGAAGUGAAAUCCUAGAUGGGAUCCUGGAACAGGAAAAGAACAAUGGGUAAAAGCUAAAGGAAUCAGAAUAAAGUAUAGACUUCAGCUGAUAACAAUGAAUCAAUAUUGCUUCAUUAAUUGUGAUAAAUGUAUCAAACUAUUAUAAGUUGUUAAUAAUUUUCUAAAGAGUCUGAAGAGAUUAACUGCCAUUUAUAAUUAGCGGAUCUUGUUUUUAUCCUGAUUAGAAUAAAUUAAGUAAAAAAGACAUUUGUAAAUCAAUCUGGGAAAUUUAAUUUAUGAGCUGCGUAUAGAUAGUGCCAAAAGAUUUACCUUUAAAUAUGACUGAAAUGCCAGAAAAUAAAGA